AUGAUUUUUGACGACGAUCAUAUGCCCAAAAUAAUUGCAGGCGGUCCCGACCUAAAUGUGCCCGGAGUUGUUAAGGAUUCGGGCAUAUUAUAUUCUAAUCGUCUGAACCUGUCACAGAACUGUGAUCUGAUUGUCUCGAAAGCACGCCGAACUACCGGAUCACUUCACAGAAACUUUAAGCCCAUCAAGCCGCAGCGUCGACGUCAGCAACUUACUGGCCAGCAAGACCUACGUGGAUCCAACGGUAGUGACUGCGCAAGCAUCGGAGAUGCGUGGCAUCCCUCACCAGCGUCGUCACCUUCAUCAGCUGAGGUGAACCAUGGAAGGCUGACACCAACAUUCUCCUCAAGUGUUCCAACGGGAGAUUUGAACGCGGCAACUUGCUUAUCUAUUCCCCCUAAAGUCUCUGCUCCAACAAGUCCUCUGGAGUCAAACACUUCUGAACUGGGACGGUUCAGCUGUGAAAUUUGUAGCAAAACUCUCGGGGAUAGGGCAAAACUGAAGGACCAUAUCGACAAUGUGCACAACAGUAAGUCCCAUUCUUCGACUUCCCGAAGUGUUUUUUCUUCUAUGUACUAUUCUAGAUUCAGGUUCCGGUUCAGGUUUUUAUUGAGGGAAAUAUAG